AUGGGUUUCCAGACCCGGGAAUGCGGGGGCGGCAAAAACUAUAUGACGAAAGGACGGCUGAUAGUGGACAACCUGCUCAAGAGCUUCGGCGGCAGCAACUUCGGCGGCGGGCUGGCCGGCGGCGGGGCCCUCCAGCAGGGCUCCGGGUACCAAGCCGGGGGCGCGCAGAAGGGCGUGGCCGGAGGCGCCAACGAAGCGGGCUUCUCGGCCGUGCAGGCCGCCAAAGGCGUCGGCCAGCAGGACUCGGGCUUCUACGGCAGCAACGAAGGCGCUCGGAAGGGCUACAACCAAGGAGGCUCCUCGUACGGCGCCAGCAACCGCGGGCUCGCAGGUCGCAACCAGGGCGAGUUGAAGAAUUUGGGCAGCCACCGCAAGGGCCACAGCAACAAGGGCUUCCAGAACUUCCACCACAAAGACGAGGUGGGCAAAACCGCCACCUUCUUUGACGAAUCAACCGACGAGGGCGACCACUACAACUACCAGGGCGAGCUGGGCGAGUUCGGCGACCAGGGCGGCUCGGCGUUCAAGGGCCAACUGGAGGACGGCCGCUACUACGCCGGAGGGCGAGGCGCCCACGGCGGGUACGGCUCGGGCUACUCCGCCGACGGCCAGCAGGGCCACAAGGGCGCGCACGGCCAGCAGGCGUACUACGGCGACAACCAGGGCUUCGGCCAGAGCGGCGGGUACAACGACUACGGCAAGAAGGCUGCCCUGCAGGAGCAGCAGUUCGGCGGCAAGCAAGGAGGCCAGUUCGGCAGCGGGUACACGCAAAAGGGCGGCUAUGGCGGAUACGGCGGGUACGGCGGUGGCAUCUACUAA